AUGGGUUUGGAGAGCUCAACUAGUUCAUUCGAUGCAGCCUUUAUUUCUCAGGUUGCUUCACCAUUGAAGGCCAUCGAUGUACAAAGCAACAGUGAAUGUCCAUUUCAGAUUAAGGAGAAAUUUAGGUCCAAAGCAGAAGACAAUAACAAUUUUAAAGUAGCCAAAACUGGUGAUUCUAGAGCCCCGAUUGCAAUAUAUCAAAACCCAAUCAACUCUAUGAAUGUCAAUGCACAAAGCCCUUUUGAUAAUAAUACAGGCUAUCAUUGUGGAGGCAUAAAUGCUGCCAUGGGAACUCCUAACAUGAUGGGAACUCCAUGUCCAUUUACUCGUGCUCAGUUGGUUGAGCUAGAGCAACAGAUAAGGAUAUAUAAGUGCAUCAAUGAAAAUUCACCUAUUCCAUCCGAUUUGCUCAUGGCGCUAAGUGCUUCCCUCAACCCAAAUCAAUUAAUUAGUUUUCCUAGAUCCGAUGCUACCAAUGCAGGAAAGCAUGUGCAAGGAGAGACUAAUAAGGUCUACGAAUCUGCUCCAGAGGAGGCAGCUCUUGUUGGUGGAUCUGCAUCUAUAUCGACCCCUUGUGGUGGUGUUGCCACUGCCCAAUAUCAGUCCAUCAACUUCCCAUCUGAUGCUGAGGGCCUUGGUGUAGGACUCUGCGUUAACAAAGUGAAAGAUCCACAAAGCCACAUUGUCACAUCUCCAGCCACUAGCAUGGGUUUCGGGUUUCCAUCCUCUGGUCAAAACUUUGACAAACCUGUUCUCUCAGAGUUUGCUGAGGAUGAGCCUGACAUGAAUCUCAACGAUUAUUUCCUUGACUUCAGUGACCUUGAAUCCCAGGAGCGAUGCUCUUUGCGCCAUCUCUUUGAUAACUGGCCAGCAGAGCAACCCGAGUACGCAGAUUGGUCUAAUCUCUCCAUGAAGAAUAUUCCUAUAGGCUUAUCAGAUCAAACACCAACCUCACCCUCAUCCCAACAAAAGAAGCUUAUGUAG